CGAACUUAUAUAAGAGAGGUGAAGCGUGACAUUCACUAGCCUCUAGUUUGACAAUUUGGCAGACGUAUUGGGUUUAUAUAUUACUGUAUAGUGGAAAAUUUGCUAUUGGCCAAUACAAUGACAUCUGUUAUUCCACCAACGAUGCGUUCUCUGUGUGUGCAUGCGUAUGUCAAACCUACAGAAUUCGGCAUUGCCGAUAUCCCUGUUCCAAAAAUUACGACUCCAAAUCAGGUGCUCAUCAGAGUGCACGCUGCAUGUAUCAAUCCAGUUGAUAUGGAGAUUGCUGGAGGCAACUUCAAGGCCAUAAUGACACCGCCAUUUCCGCUCAAGCUAGGCUUUGAUCUCUCAGGAACUGUGGUUGAAAUCGGUUCGUCGGUGGAUAACGUUGCGGUUGGCGAUGAGGUUUUCUGCUCUCUCCUUGCUACAGAUACAGGAGCUUGGUCUGAAUACGCUUUAGCAACAGCUUCCUUGCUUACGCAUAAACCGAAAAGCUUGAGCCAUGUGGAAGCAGCUUCGUUGCCUAUGGUAGCAAUGACAGCCGUACAAGCUCUAGACAAGGUGCCGAAUGGACUCGCCGGGAAGACUAUCCUGAUAGCGGCUGGACUUGGCGGUGUCGGUUCAAUCGCCUGUCAAAUUGCGAAAAGCGUCUAUGGCGCGAAGAAAGUCAUCACAACUGUAUCUACAGAUAACGUGUCUAAAGUGAAUGAUUUGUUUGGCAAAGGCGCUGUCGAUGAAGUUAUCGACUACAAAAAAUCGGAUGUUCUGAAAGAGAUCCCACAUGGAUCGGUGGAUGUCUUGCUUGACACCGUUGGAGUAAGCAAAGAAUACUAUCCACUGCUCCUGAAAAAUAGCGGUUCAAUUACAAGCAUAUAUGGGACGAUAGAUUCAAAGAGUGUCAAAGCUGCGAUUCCAAAUCUUCACAUCCCACUUCUCGUACAAUUGGCUCUAGACUUUCGAGCGGGAUGGAAAUGGCUUCAUGCAUGGUGGUAUGGGAUCUACUGGCAAGGUACCCUUCAGAACGCAAAUAGUCCUGAUCUUCAAAGGGUAGCUGGCUGGGUUGACGAGGGCAAGUUAAAACCCAUAGUUGGAAGAACGGUGAAAUUCGAAGAUAUAAAGGCCGUACGAGAAGCAUGUGUUCAGAUGUCAAGUGCUUCUCGUAGUAUUGGUAAAACGGUUAUUGAGAUUAUAUAAGCUCAUGGUAUGAGAAAAGGAGAUCAAUUGUAAUGCAAGACCUUCUAAAGGGCUAUACGGGAUGAGUUGCAGUCUGUAUAAGGAAUUUAUCAAUAUAACCACGCUCAUUUCUAUGUAUCUAGUCAUCUUGGCAUAGCUCUUUACAUAAGUUACUUUGAUUACACUGAGAGGGUCAGCAAGGCAAUCAUAUUUGAAGUUCUA